AUGUCCCAUAGAAGCUGUGUGCACGUGAAUAGGUAUGGUCAUGGUCAUGGUCAUGGUCAUGGUCAUGGUCAUGGUCAUGGUCAUGGUCAUGGUCAUAGUCGUGCUCCUGAUCACCAGCAGGAGCGAGACAUUAAUGAACUGAAAAGUGUUUUGCAGACACUGCAAAUGGAUGUAAACAAGCUGAAUAUCACAUUGCUUCGGAUAUUUCGUCAAGGAGUGGCAGCAGCACUGGGACUGUUACCUCAGCAAGUUCAUAUCAACAGACUCAUUGGGAAGGAGAACUGUGUGGAACUGUUUGUGUCUCCACUGAACAGAAAGCCAGGAAUUUCUGAGGCACUGCCAUCUGAAGAAGUGCUGCAUUCCCUUAAUAUCAACAUUUUGCAUCAAAGUUUAUCCCAGUUUGGAAUAACAGAGGUCUCUCCUGAGAAAAAUGUUUUGCAAGGCCAGCGUGAAGCAGACAAGAUCUGGAGCAAAGAGGGAUUUUAUGCGGUUGUCAUAUUCCUCAGCAUCUUUGUCAUUCUAGUAACUUGUUUAAUGGUUCUGUACAGAUUAAAGGAGAAGAUCCAGUUGUCACUGAGACAAGAGAAGGAAAAGAAGCAGGAGAUCCACCUCUCUCCCCUUCCCCUGCAGACAUCCCAGUCCGAGUAUAAGACCACCAACAGCAUGGUCCAGCCUGAACAGGCUCCAAAGGUUGUCAAUGUUGUAGUGGACCCUCAAGGCCAAUGCGUUCCUGAGCUCAAACCUCCCCUGUGUGCCAGUCCGUCUCCUUUCAGAAUGAAACCUGUGGGGCUCCAGGAAAGACGGGGCUCCAAUGUCUCACUGACUUUGGAUAUGAGCAGUUUGGGAAGUGUUGAACCUUUUGUCUCUGUGCCAACCCCACGAGAAAAAGUAGCGAUGGAAUACCUACAGUCGGCCGGCCGUGUCCUGACAAGGCAGCAGCUUCAAGAAGCAGUUGCAUGUUCCCAUUUACUUCAAACAGAAUUCAUGGAAAUACCAAUGAAUUUUGUGGAUCCCAAAGAAAUUGACAUCCCAAGUCAUGGAACUAAAAACCGCUAUAAAACUAUUUUGCCAAAUCCUCUAAGCAGAGUGUAUUUGAAACCAAAAAAUCCAUCUGACUCCUUGAGUACCUACAUAAAUGCUAACUACAUUAGGGGAUAUGGAGGUAAAGAGAAGGCUUUCAUUGCAACUCAGGGACCCAUGAUUAAUACCGUGAAUGAUUUCUGGCAGAUGGUUUGGCAAGAAGACAGCCCUGUCAUUGUUAUGAUCACAAAGCUGAAAGAAAAAAAUGAGAAAUGUGUGCUCUAUUGGCCAGAAAAAAGAGGAAUCUAUGGGAAGGUUGAAGUCCUUGUUAACAGUCUGCAAGAAUGUGAAAACUAUACUGUCCGUGAGCUUACAAUAAAGCAAGGGAGUCAGUCCCGGAGUGUGAAACACUACUGGUACACAUCCUGGCCGGACCACAAAACCCCCGACAGUGCUCAGCCUCUGCUGCAGCUCAUGCUGGAUGUAGAAGAGGACAGAGUGGAAUCACCUGGCAGAGGGCCUGUCAUUGUGCACUGCAGUGCUGGCAUAGGAAGAACUGGAUGUUUUAUUGCCACGGCUAUUGGUUGUCAGCAGUUGAAGGAAGAGGGAGUUGUAGAUGCAUUGAGCAUUGUCUGGGAGCUACGAGUGGAUCGGUGA